AACACCCACUUCACCACGGUUUCAGGAAGUCAGUCAGGUUUUGUUGUAUUGUUGCCACGGACGGAACUCGUGAAGUGGGCUUUAAAUUUAGUAAAUCCCCAUUUGUUGCCUUCAAAACACAGUUCUAAUUUUAAUUAAUAUAUUUGCCUGUUAGGUAACCGGAUACAAAGAUGCCACCUAAAAAGCGCAACUCUGGUACGACACAGAGCAAGGAGCUGAAGCCCAGUGCUGAAAGUGCCUCUCCAGACAAGAAGGAGAGUCCUGCAUUAUCUGUUAAAAAACACAGAGACAAGGAUGCUGAGUUUGUGACCCUGUGUAAGAGCCUUAAUGUGACAGACCUGGUGUGUGACCGUGCCUGGAUGCUGUGGAAAACUGUUCAAGAGUCCAUGGAUGAAGUGGCCGACAGUCAGAAAAGGCUGUGGGGAGCUUGUCUGUUUGUCUCAGCGACAGACAUGGAUGUUACCUGUUUCACCUUAACUCAGGUUCUGAAAGAAGUCAAUCUGAACGUAAAGCAGUUUUUAGCUCUCGUGAGGAAGUUAGAUGUUAACUUGGAUACUAUAAGCACCAAGGUGAAUUCAGCACUGACACGAUUGGAGAAGAAGUAUGAUGUGACGCUGGCUCUCUACCAGAGGUUUGAGAAAACAUGCAAGAAAAUCUUUGCUUUGGUUUCUGAUGGCAAGGAGAGGGAGACCAUGCGGAGCUGCUGGACCAUGUUUCUUUUGGCCAAAGGAAGGGUCUUGCAGAUGGAGGAUGACCUGGUCAUAUCAUUCCAGUUGCUGCUUUGUACACUGGAGUUAUGCAUCAAGCGCUGCCCUCCAGACCUUCUGCAACCUCUUUACAAAUCAGCUAUCAGCAAAGUUCAGAGCCCUCCGACACGGACAUCUCGUCGCAACCAGAGCAAAGCCAAAUCCCGACCUCCGGAGCCAGAAGUGGACUUGCAGCUUCUCAAAACCUUGUGCAAAGAGAAUGAAUGCAAUGCAGAAGAGGUGAAGAAUGUAUACCAGACCAGCUUUUCUGCUUUCCUGGACUCACCUGGUCUUUCAAGAUCUUUAGAUUUUCCUCAGGUGAAUGACCUUAACCAACAAUAUGAAGAGCACUACCUCAAGAGUAGAGACUUCGAUGGACGGCUGUUUUUUGACAGAGAUGAGACUGUUCUUGCACCUAAAGUCGAGAUAUCACAGGUGGAGAGAACGCCAAAGAAGAACCUGCCAGAUGAAGAUACCGUCCUCAUCCCUCCCCAGACUCCAAUCAGAGCUGCCAUGACCUCCAUUCAGCAGUUGAGGGGUGAUCUCCCCUCCAGUGGGGACCAGCCAUCUACUAACUUGGCUACAUAUUUCAAAAAUUGCACUGUGGACCCGACGCAGGACGUGCUGAAGCGUUUAGAGACACUCGGACAGGCAUUCAGCCAAAGGUUUGGUCAGGCAGUCGGCCCGCGCUGUGUAAUACUUGGCAGACAGAGAUUCACUCUCGGUGUCAGACUGUAUUACAAAGUCAUGGAAGCGAUGCUGAAAUCGGAAGAGAAGCGGCUGUCUGUGCAAAAUUUCAGUAAACUCCUCAAUGACUCCACAUUCCACACAUCACUUUUGGCCUGCGCUUUGGAGGUGGUCAUGGCAACGUACGGAGAGAGCAGUUUUAAGACUGGAGGAUACAACUAUGGUGGUGGUUGUGACUCAGCAGAAACAAACGUGUGUUUCCCCUGGAUACUGGAUGUGGUCAACCUUGCCGCCUUUGACUUCUACAAAGUCAUCGAGAGCUUCAUCAAGGCCGAUCCCACUCUGAGCAAAGACAUCGUCAAACAUCUGGAGACCUGUGAGAACCUCAUCAUGGAGAGGAUUGCAUGGAGGACGGGCUCCCCACUGUUUGAGCUGCUGACACAGGAGCAUGAGGGCGGAGCAGCAGAGCAGGUGGAGACCCCAGCCAGUUUCAACCAACCACUGCAGCACAACCACACCGCAGCUGACCUAUAUCUGUCCCCCAUACGUCCGGGCCUUCGUGUCUUGCCUCCUGAGUCCCCGGCCACGCCCAGCUCUUCCUCUCAGCCUCAGACCCAGCCUGCCAGCCAGACUCCACGGCUCCCAAAGUCCAACUCUCUCAGCCUCUUCUAUAAAAAAUUGUACCGCCUGGCCUACACAAGGCUGAAGAUACUCUGCUCCUACCUGCUGCCCUCCCACCCCGAACUGGAGCCCAUCAUAUGGACCCUGUUCCAGCACACUCUGCAGCACGAGCAGGAGCUGAUGAGAGACCGUCACCUCGACCAGUUGAUGAUGUCAGCCAUGUAUGCCAUAUGUAAAGUGAAGAGUGUUGAUCUGCGCUUCAAAACCAUUGUCACAGCAUACAAGAACAUGCCCAACACCAACCAGGAGACCUUUAAGCAUGUAUUGAUCACCGAGGGCCACUAUGACUCCAUCAUUGUCUUUUACAACCAAGUGUUCAUGCAGAAGCUGAAAACCAACAUCCUGCAGUAUGCGUCUACCAGGCUGCCCACCCUCUCUCCGAUCCCACAAAUACCACGCAGCCCCUACAAGUUCCCUAAUUCGCCUCUACGGGUGCCUGGGAGCAACAACGUGUACAUCUCCCCUAUGAAAAGCCCACGCAUGUCCCCGGGUAUCAUGACUCCUCGCUCCAGAAUGCUGGUAUCAAUCGGUGAAUCUUUUGGGAUGUCCAAUCGGUUCCAGAAGAUCAACCAGAUGGUCAAUAGCAGCAAUCGCUCCUUUAAGAGGACUCUGGAUCUCGGCUCCACUCCAAAGCCUCUGAAGAGGUUACGAUUCGAUGUGGACGGGCAAGAUGAAGCCGAUGGCAGCAAAUCUGGAGGAGAUUCUACACUGAUACAGAAGCUUGCAGAGAUGAGCUCCACUCGGAGUCGCAUGCAGGAGCAGAAGAUGAAGGAGGAUGCAGAAUCAAGAAAGGAGUAACUCUAAAACCUACUGAACUGGCCUGCACUGUUUAUCACAACGUGAACACUACUUUUUGUUCACACACAAAGGGAAACAUGAGUUUCUCUGUACAUUUAUGUUGGAUUUUAGUUUGUAUUUAACUUUGUCUUUGAGGAGUAAUAUGUGAAUAUAGAGGACUUUCUCCUCUUUUUUUUUGUUGAUGCUUUAACUGAGUGUUUUAACUGAAUGACUGACGUCAUUGAAUUUCAUUUGAAUUUUGACUUGUUGGAUAUUAAGUAUGUUUGGUUUUAAGAGUGGUAUUAAUUUUUCGGUGUUUAUAAGGAAUCAUUGUUUUCACUCUCAUGGAUGUUCUCAAUUGUUAAGAGCGUUGUUGAGAUACAUUGCUGGUUUAUUUGUUAAAUAAUUGGUUGAGUCUUACCAUCAGGACCUUCGUAUGUUGGCCUUUCACUUUUUGACAUUUCAAAUAUUUUCAAUCAUGAUGCAACAUUUCACAGUGUUAAAUCAUGAUUACUCUCCUCAAAAAGGAUGAAAUGUCAUUCUCCGAGGGAAAUCAAUUUGUCCAUGUUGGUUCAUGGUUUUAUUUUUAAAGUGACAUUUUACUCUGGAAAGUUUCGUUUGUGCCAUAAAGUGAGAACUAUGAAACAACAUGAAUCUCACUUACAGGAAAAUUAUACAGUAUAUGAUUUGCACUCAACCAAAAUUCAUGUAGUUUCAAAGCAUUUGAUUACAGUUAAUGGUUCUCUUUGGUGUAAUAUGUGUAGUUUUUUAAUAACUUUUGUUUUACUUUUGGGUGGUAAAAAAUAUACAUACAUCAUACAUCAUAUGCAAACACCUCUUAAUGUGUUUCAAAUAAAGGAAUAUUCUUUUAUGUUUUCAGUCAUAUUUUUCAACACAUACAGUAAUGCUAGUAAACUUGAAUUUUUUUUAAAUGGGUUUUGAAAGAUUUUGAGAACGGGGAAAAAAUUACAGGGAUAAAUACACACACCACAUAGAGCAAAUGAAUAUGUGAACACUCCAGAAAAGUAUACCAAGAAAAAUUACCAGAAUUUUUAAAUUAAAAUGUCUUUAUAUUGUACUUUAUUGAAGUAGUUUCUUGAAAGUAUAGUAAAUAUUUCUUUUGAAAAUA